GCGCCCCCUGGAGGCCGGGCUCUCUGACCGGGCUGCUGGGGGAUUUCCUGGGCGGAAGCUGCGGAGGGGGUUUCCAGUGUGAUCAGCCCCAGUUCUCCCCCGCUGAAUGUCUGAACUGGAUCCCAGUGACUUCUUUCGCACUUACACGGGCACGGGAUCAAAAGAACGCGGAGAACCCUACACCGAUUCCAGACCAUGAGGAGUCCAUCUGAGAAUCGGAGGCUCGGAGGCAGCGGCAGGUUCACUGUUUGAAUCUCAAAGAGAAUCCGCCGAGCCUUGGAGCUGCUGAGCCAAGCUGUGGCCUCCGGAGGAGAUUCAUGUCAUGUCAGCAGGCAGGAGUGCUGACGGGAGGGAGGUUCAAAUUCCCCUCCAGCAGGUGGCGCCCUCCCUGGCCACGCCCCUUACAGUUGCCCCUCCCAUUGCUUCAUCCUCUCAUCGUCCGUCCAGUUCCUGGCCUCUGAAUGACCCCACUACUUCACAAGGUUUUCCUGCAGGUUUUCUGCCCCUUCAUGGUGGAUUCAGAGAUCACUUCGUAGAUACUCCAGAGAGCAAAUACCAGUGCGAGGACUGUAAUCUGGUUUUGUGUCAGCCUCGGCAGACCGAGUGUGGACACCGAUUCUGCCAGAGCUGCAUCAGCAGCAUCCUCAGUCGUCCAAACCCAGUGUGUCCGGCCGACAGAGAACCUCUGUUUAAAGACAAGAUCUUCAGAGACGUUUGCUGCCAUCGGGAGAUCAUGGGUCUGAAAGUUUACUGUCGCAGUGAAGCCAAUGGCUGUGAGGAGCAGAUGAGUCUGCAGCAGAUACCUGACCACCUGAACGUGUGUCCGUUCUUUGAGGUUCCCUGUCCUUUGGGCAAAUGUAAAGAGCGAAUGAUGAGGAAGGAAAUUCCUGACCACCUGAGCUGGAAAUGUAAACACAGAGAGACCACCUGCGAGUUCUGCAUGACCAAGAUGCCUCUGACUGAGCUGCAGAAACACAAGGAGACGGUGUGUCCAGCAUUCCCAGUGUCAUGUCCCAACCACUGCUCCUUCUCCUCUCUGCCCCGGAGUGAGUUGUCCAGUCACCAACACGACUGUCCCAAAGCUCAGGUGAGCUGUCAGUUUCACCGCUAUGGAUGCACCUUCAAGGGUUUGAACCAGGACAUGAGGCAACACGAGUCCACGUUUGCAGCUGAACACCUGAGAAUAAUGGCCAGUAGGAACUCCUCUUUGGAGAAAAAGGUCGAGGAUGUUAAGAGUGAGAUGCUGGAGAGAUAUAAAGUGCUCCCGGCUCUGAGCAACCGUCUGUCCGAACUGGAAAAUCAAAACGAAGAGCUGAAAGAGAAGAACCGGCAGAUGGAGCAGAAACUGGCCACCAUGCAGAAACUGAUGAGCUCUCACUCAGAGAAACUGAUGGAGGUGGAGCUGGAGGUCCGUGCUCUUCGUCAGUUCAGAGACGAGGUGGAGAACCUAAGGGGAACACUGGAGAACGUACGGACAAGGCUGAAUGCUUUGGAACAAGGGGGGCGCAGCGGAACUGGGUCCGCCACACACACUCUAGCAUCCCUGGAAACACAGCUCAGUCGCCAUGAUGACAUGCUGAGUGUCCACGAGAUUCGACUGGCAGACAUGGACCUGCGCUUCCAGGUGUUGGAGACCGCAAGUUACAAUGGGACUCUGAUCUGGAAAAUCCGGGAUUACAAGAGACGGAAACAGGAAGCGGUGGCAGCUAAAACGCUGUCUCUGUAUUCACAGCCAUUUUACACCGGAUACUUUGGAUACAAGAUGUGCGCCCGGGUUUACCUGAAUGGAGACGGGAUGGGCAAAGGGACACACCUGUCGCUGUUCUUUGUGGUGAUGAGGGGCGAGUACGAUGCUUUGCUGCCAUGGCCUUUCAAACAGAAGGUGACUCUGAUGCUGAUGGACCAGGGUCCAUCCAGGAAACACCUGGGUGAUGCUUUUAAACCAGAUCCUAACAGCAGCAGCUUCAGACGUCCUCAAGCAGAGAUGAACAUCGCCUCUGGCUGUCCUCUGUUUGUGUCCCAGAGUGUCCUGGAGACAGGCAGCUACAUCAAAGAUGACACCAUUUUUAUCAAGGUUACCGUAGAUACCUCUGACCUCCCUGACCCAUGACAUUGCGACUGGUCGGACCUUGCUGGUUUGAGAACUGUUCACCUGUCCAAGCCCCGAGGAAUAAAGCCCAAUGGCAAGGAAAAGUCUGACUUCACCAAAGGAGAUUAGUCAGAGAAGAACUGGGAGGAUGGAUCCUCUUGCGAUUGGCUGAUGGACUAGAUUGAGUGCGUGUGUGCGUGCGUGCGUGGGUGUGUGUGUGUGUGUGUGUGUGUGUGGAUCAGUCAGUGGUACUGUGAUAUCACUGUGAUGAUGUAAUCAAAGCAAACAUGGCAACCUCAGCCAGGAUGGUAUUGCUGCUUGUUAUUGAUGCCAUGCAUCGAGCUUUAAUUUUACUUACUGUUUAUCUGUUUACCAAGGCAUGCUGGGAAACCCACCUCAGCCACAGAGGGCCUCUGAAAACUCGAUCAAACUGAGACAGAUCCAAUAGACCUGCAGUGCCCAGUGUAAACCAGUAAAAGCACUGCUGGGGAGAGAUGAUUGGUUUCUUUCAUUUCAUAUCCCAGAAAGCCGGGGUUGGCUACUGACUGAAACAACUAAUUAACCCAAACUCGGCCUGUAACAGUCAAAUUAAAGUUGAAUUCAGAAAAUUGAAUUUGAUUUUUGCACAGAAUGCUGAGGUUUGAUGCUGCUAGCCUGCAGGUUUCACAAUCCCAAACCAGGACAAACCAGAGCGAUACUAAACUGGGUCAGGUUUACUGUGGUCCAAACUCUCAAUCUGAGUUUCAAUGAGAACAAUUUAGUUUUAGAAUUUAUGACAAACUGGGAGUCCAGUGGAGAAUUGGAGUUCCUCUGUGGUCUGUGAAUUUCUAAGCAUCAAGACUUCAUCAUUUGCACAGUUUGAAUUUUUGUUCAUGUGUGACAAUAAAAUCAAGGGAAAAACACA